GUAGAGAAAUCUCCUAUUUUCUGCAGAAUAAAGCAACCUUUCUUUAUCCCCGUCUGGCUGUCAUUGGCUCUCAGCUAGGCGGACCCGACAUUUUGGUAACAGUUUCUGGUGUCCCUAGAUGGGAGCCUCCUAGCUCGGACAUCGGGCUCCGGAUGGCUGCGGCGAGCUAGGAGCGGCGCCACCGGGGUGCUUAGCCCCUCUUCCUCACUCCACCGCGGCCCCUGGGGUUCGUGCUCCGAUAAGGCUGUGACCUGAAGCCAUCCUGUGACCGAGCAGCCCAGUGAGAGAAUGCGGGAAGGCUCUGUGCUGGCAGUGCCAUGGCUCCUGAUCCUUGCUGUCACCGGUGGCCGUGGGCAGGAUGGGAAGCCAACCUUUGCCCCCCUUUUCACCUGGAAGCCCUUCAUUGUGGCCUGGAAUGCCCCCACCCAGGACUGCAAGCCCCGCUUCCAGGUCCAGCUGGACUUCAGCCUCUUUGACCUGAAUGCCUCGCCCAAUGAGGGCUUUGUAGACCAGAACCUCACCAUCUUCUACAAGGAGCGCCUGGGCCUCUACCCCUACUACGAUAAGCAGCAGGUGGCUGUGAAUGGGGGUGUUCCCCAAAACAGCAGCCUACGGGAGCACCUGGACUGGCUCCAGGAUGGAAUCCGCCAUUACAUCCGCUCAGAGGCCAAGGAAGGGCUGACUGUCAUUGUCUGGGAGGAAUGGCGGCCCAUCUGGAUCCGCAACUGGCAGAACAAAGACAUCUACCGCAAGAACUCCCGCAAGCUGGUGCUGUCGCAGCACCCUGACUGGCAGGAGGACAUGGUGAACAAGGAGGCCCAGUACGAGUUUGAGAGCUCGGCCCGGAGAUUCAUGCUUCACACCCUGCGGCAUGCCAAGAGCUACCGGCCCAAGCAGCUGUGGGGUUACUACCUCUUCCCGGACUGCUACAACCAUGAGUACAGCAAGAAUCCAGACAGCUACACGGGCCGCUGCCCUGACGUGGAGAAGACACGCAAUGACCGGCUGUCCUGGCUCUGGAAGGAGAGCACAGCCCUCUACCCCUCCAUCUACCUAGACCAGGUCCUGGCCUCCUCUGAGAACGGCCGCAAGUUUGUGCGCUCGCGGGUCAUGGAGGCCUUGCGGAUCUCCCACCAGCACCAUGAUGGUUACUCGCUGCCAGUCUUCGUCUACACCAGGCCUACCUACAGCCGUAAGCUGGACGUCCUGAGCAGUAUGGACCUGGUCUCCACCAUUGGCGAGAGCGCUGCCCUGGGGGCAGCUGGUGCCAUCUUCGGGGGUGAGGAAGACUACGCCAAGAACCAGAGCACCUGCCAGACCAUCAAGGCCUACCUGGAGGAAGAGCUGGGUCACUAUAUCAUCAACGUCACCACGGCGGCUCAGCGCUGCAGCCAGGCACUGUGCCAGGGUUGGGGGCGCUGCCUGCGCCGGGACAGCACCGCCAACGUCUUCCUCCACCUCAACCCGCUCAGCUUCCAGAUCCGGCACCGGGGUGAGGCAGACAGGCAGCAGCCAAUGCUGUGGGUGGAGGGUGAGCUGUCUGCUGCCGACACCGCCUACCUACGGACCCACUUCCGGUGCCAGUGUUACCAGGGCUGGCGUGGGGAUGCGUGCGAGUGGCAGCUGAGCACACAAACAGUGGAGCCUGCCUAACCUGUGCUAUUCUGGGACUUCUGGUGCUGGGGCUCCUGGCCCACUUGGACUAUCUUGGCCCCUUACUGGGGUCCUCAUGGCAGUAGGCAGUCUCCUGGUGCUUAACAUGGCAGGGGCAUGGGUGAAAUAGAUGGCACUUGUAGCCAGAGCUUCGCAUGCCCCUCCGUGGGGCAGACAGACUUCGAACCCAGGAGCCUUUUGUAUUUCAUUUAGUACCGAUGUAGUGGAUCUAUUUUAGGUGGC